AUGAUCGUUACAUUUGCUUCCAAUGUUGAGACUCACUACAUGGGUUAUAUUGUGGUGUGCCCAGCCGGAGAGAAGGCCAUUCUCGAGAAGAAACGAGGAGGUUGGUGUUACAUCCACUGUAAGCUGAAAACGCCUUCUUCUUCUUCUUCGCCAUCAUCCACAACAACCAAUGAUCAUCAGAACAAUUCCAAGAACAACCAUGAAAAAACGGAAUCCACAACGAGUACUACUGUUACUACUACUACGACUUCAGUUCAAUCAAUUCAAACAACAACAACAAACACACAAAAUCAUCACUCCGAUCAUGAUGUUAUUUCAUCAACAACCACAACAACACCAACAAAUACAUUUUCAUGGGGAACAUUGAGAGUUCCAGCCAUCUAUCUGAAUUUGGAUGAAGAGGCUGUUCAAAAAUUGGAUGAUACCAUUUCCACAACAUUCACGAAACACGAUGAAGAUGAAUUGAAUCCAUUGGAAUGUGUAGCCUAUAAACAACCCGAAAGUCUUGUAAAUAAUAUUACCUCCACAUCAUCAUCAUCCUCAUCAACAACAACGGCAACAUCAUCAUCAAGUUCUUCAUCUCCUGGACUCUCUGCUCUCAAACAACUCUUACUCAAUUCUGCUGCUGCUAGUAAAAACUAUAGUACGGAUGAAGAGUUAGAUGCUGCACUCGAUCCGAGAGUGGAUAGCUCAAAACGAAGAACUCAAUCCAUGAAGGGCAUCGGAGCAAUCAUUUCUACACCCAAUCAUGAAGAAGAGGAAGAGGCUAAAUCGGUUUCAACUCCUUCUUCGUCCGGAGCGAGAAAAUCAGCACAUUUAACGAGUUUAAAACCAACCAAAGAUACAAGUAAUGCCUUAAUCUUGGGAUCUUAUCGCUCAUCCUUCGAUUCAGCAGCAUUGUUUGAUCAAUUGGUAUUCAAUCAGGGCAAGAGUGUUGGAACAGCUACAACAGCAACAACAACAACAACACGAGCAACUAGCUCUGUUUCUUCGACGCCCAUGACACCAAGUCAUGAACAGAAAACAACUGAUACAAUUUUGGAUGAGAUGAUGGUUGCUGAACAACAACAACAAACGAAAGAGGAUCAACAACCAGUGGAGGAUCAACAAGCAGUUGUUUCUGAAGCUGUUUUAGAUCCAAGUGUCACACCAGUUUUGGAUACGAAAGAGGCUGUGGAUUCUAACAAGAAAGAGGAGGAAAGGGUUGUCACGCCAAGUGACGUACCAAAAACUGAUGAUGUUUGGCAAGAGCAAGAAGAUGAUUUAGAAACCUUUGAUGCAGAGACGGAGACAGAUGCUGAUUUUAUUCUUCCCUUCUCAAAAGUUGAAACAUUUGACAAUGAAGAUUUUGAUAUUGAGGACCUUUUGGCACUCUCUGAAUUAGCUGAAAUGGAAAAUUAUGAGCCCAACGUGGAUCAGCAACAAUUAGAAUUGUACAGAACUAAACUUCCACACUUUUUCGAUUUUGAUCCGAACAUUGACGACAGAAAGAAGAGAUUAUUGCAUCACAUUACUCUGCAACAUGCUGCCCGUAAAUUGGUCAAUGUUGGAGCAGACUAUGAUUUGAAGUUAGCCAUUCAACAAGGGUUGGAUAGAGCUAGAGGAAAACAAACCAACAGAAAGGCCACAAUUUUCUCUGGAGUGUCGCCACUGCAAUAUCAAGAGUUUAAAAAAUUCUCUGUUGAAGAGGCAGGAAAGCUCAUCUAUCGUGUCUUUACAGAAUGGUGGAAAUUGAAAAAGUUUGUUAAUUAUUUAAGGGUAGCCCCAGAGUUUAAACAACAGAGAUUGAGACAAAGCUGUUUGAAAGAAAUUCUCUCAACUGAACGAAGUUAUGUCAACCAACUUGAAACGCUGUACUAUGACUUUUAUCUUCCCAUGAAGAAAAACAAUUUUGCAAUUUUCACCAAUUAUCAAACUGGUCCAAAUGUCAGUGCCACAAAUAUUGUAUUACGUGACGGGUUGACUCCAGAAAUGCAGUACAAUACUAUUUUCAGUAAUAUUGAGCAAAUUUUGAAAACUAACACAGCUCUGUUGCACGAUCUUGAAAUGGACUGGAAAAUGCACUGGCCUAAAAAUCAUUUUCCUUCAAUUUUCAAAAAGAUUUUGCCAUUCUUAAAGGUUUACACAGUAUAUGUGAAUAACUAUGAAAAAGCUAAUGAGUUGGUAGAAGAGUUGAUAUUGAGAAAUCCAAAAUUUAAUGAAUUUGUAGAGACUGUAUACGAAAAGAAAGGUGUGACUCUCCAGAGUUUGUUAAUUACUCCUGUUCAAAGAAUUCCCAGAUUGAAAAUGCUCUUUAGCGAGCUUCUUAAGAGAACCGUCAUAGAACAUGUUGAGUAUAAUGUUAUUGUGGAAACAUUGGCAAUACUGAAUGAAUUGGCGCUAUUCGUGAAUGAAAAGAAGCGCCACGAUGAAAAUAACAUUACUUUCCUCAGAUUACAACAAAUUUUGAAAAAACGUUUCAACAAUUUGGUCACACCCCAUAGAAAAUACUUGAAGAAGGACGAUUUCAGAAUUCAAUGUUCCAGAAAGUUUUUAAAUUCCAACUGUGAAGUCUAUCUAUGCAAUGACAUGAUGAUUUGUAUUCCAAUGACAGCUGAUAGAGGAUUAAGAGUCGAUUUUGCACACUUCAUUUUCUUCACAUUUUCUGAAAUGGAUACAAAAACAGAAGAAGAACUCAAUGAUGAAGAGCGUAAAGAUUUUACCAUUAGAACCUUUUUAAAGAGUUCCAUUUAUACGUUUAAAUUUGAAGCCAUUAAUGGAACCGAACGAAUCAAGUGGGAGAAGGACCUUCGAGAACUGAUUGAUAUGGAACACACUCGAUGUCGCAAAUAUGGAAUCAAAACAUUUGGAACUCACAUUGAUGAACUGAGUGCUCGUGAAAAAUCAUCCAAAGCUACCUCUUCAAGCAAUCACGCAUCCAGCUCUUCCAAUGACAGCAAUAGUCCAACUGUAACCUUUGCUGAUACUGCAAGUAGUACUACCAAUGGUGCAACAACAAAUGCCUCUUCUUCUUCUGGGACUAUUAGUUCGAAUCCAGUCGUAAGCUUGAGACAACAUCUUAGCAAUGCAGUUGGAAAUAAGGAAGAAACUUCUGUCAUGAUUCAAGAUCGAAGAAUCAGAUUGUACAAUAGAUCAAAAAUUAACAACUCAAAAUUAAGCUCAACUCAGCUUAGACACAAGACGGUAAAACAAGAAAUGUACACACUCAGCAAGACUAUUCGAGAACAGAAAAAUCAAAUUGCAGAACUAGAAAAGAUGAUGCGUUCCAAUCAGGAAAAGUACAAUCAAUACGAAACCGAAUUUGCAGAAGUUGAAAAGAAUCUUGUAACACAAGAUCAAGAAAAGAAAACUACAGAUCAUGAAUUACUGGAAGUAGAUUCCAAGUUGAUGGCAGCUUUGGGCAAUGAAGUCUGUAGUUUUGUGGAAAUAUUUGGAUCCGAUCCAGUUUGUGAUUCCAAUAAGGAAAAAUAUGUGAGACCUUUGGAUGAUCAUCGUGCCAGUGUUGUCACAUUGAAACCUAUUAAGGUCAGUGAACUUUCCACAUCUACUUCCAAUGAGAACAAUUCUCAACAACGAAAACCAAUCAUUGGAGGUAUUGAUGAAUUGAAAGAAGCUACCGAAAAGGAAUUUAUUGUUCCAUCUCUCGCAUUGGAUGCAAGAAGAACUUCCGACGCAGAUUUUUUGUAUACCUCUUCUGCUGGAUCAGCUGAGGAAUUGAUGAGUUCAGAUCCUCGAUCUGUGAAAUCUGCAAGAGGUGCCAACAGAGGAAGGAAAAUAUUUUCCAUGACACUUAAUGGAGGAUCAUCUUCUCAAAACAACAGUGCUUCUUCGUCACAACAUCAACAUAGUAAUUCCAUAAUUUCCAAACAAAGUAACAGCGAAAAACGAAAAACAUUGUUACAAAAAGCAAAAGGAAUUUUGGUUGGAAAUAAUGACAAUCAACAACAACAACAACAAGCUCCUCGAAGAGCAUCCUCUGCUGAGAAUCUUGUUGCCAACACGUCUAACAAUCCAUCCAAUGUGAAUGGAAGUUCCAAUUCUUCACAUUCCAAUCCACAAAUAGAUCGAAUUGUUCUCAUCAAACCUGUUGGUUGUCUCUCACCCGUUGCAGAUGCUCCUCAAUAUGGUCUUCCAACAUUACCUGGUUCAACCAAUACUAUGCCUUCUCUUCCUCUAUUCCUUUCGAAUAAGCCAACAACAACAACUACUAAUACUUCAUUCACUUCAGAUGGUUCAGAUUUAUCAUCUUCAGAUUUAUCACCAAGUUCUUCGUCGUCACAAGCUUCACCUCUCGCACGAUCGACUUCAUUUAGAGAAUCUACAAGUGGAGGAAAUAACGCGUCGACUUCAAUGAAAUCACCUCGAAAUAUGCUUUCAAAAUCUCACUAUGAAGAUAAACGACCAUUCCACUACAAUCGAGAAACGAUUGAUUCAUUCCUAGAUGCUGAUGUGAAGGACCAUGGAAAACAACAACAACAACAAUUACACAAACGGGUUUUAGUGAAUCCAAUGUCGUCACUUUCAGCCUAUGAAGAACGUGACCUUGACAAGUUGACAUUUAUUUCACUCGAUAAAUAUGAAGACAUGAAAGACGAUGAAGAAAUUGAAACAACGAACAAACUCUAUCGAUUGCGGCCUCUUCCAAAAUGGGAUACCUUAGAACAGGAGGAAUUAAAUUUCAUGUACAAGGCAGAUCGAGCAGUCCAUGGAGAAGAAAUGUAUUUCAAAACGAAUCCAUUACCUAUUGUUAUUGGAAGAAGGAAAACUGACAAAUUGUCGAAUUGUUAUUUGGAUGAAGAGAGUGAUCGAGAAGAAUUGGAAAAGUUGCCAGAUUCUGUGGAUGGUUUGAAAUUGCUCUUGUUGCAAAUGCAGAAAGAGAGUCAAGAAUUGAAACAGCAAUUGUUCUUUGGAAUGUCUGCAGAACAAGCAAGGACAUCCACCAGUACCGUCAAGUGA